GAGAGGGAGGGAGGGAAAUUCUCCGUCCGCGGCACGAAGCCGCGUUGGUCCUCGCAAAGAGGAGGACUCCGGGGCACGUCGAAUGACGAGAGGUAUCAUCGUGGAGGACACCGUUGAGCACCGCGGUCUCAUUGCGUCCGUGGACUUUCUGUGACGUCAUCCGCGCUAUCACGACCGUGCGCGGAUCGGAUCAAGGCCGCGCGCGAGUUUGUCCCCUCGUCGUCGACCCGCGCCUGGGAAGCAGCGUUCCUCGGCGUCGAACGAUCGCUCGUCUGAACAUAACAUGUGUCGCGAAAGAAAAUUCGUUGCUUAAUGAGAGAAACAAUGUUUGGCAUUGCACGGAAGACAUCAAUUUUCUGGUUUUCUUGAGCUUUUACAUCCCCCUGAUCGGGGGAUGUAUAGCCCUCUCUGCUUUGCGUUCUCCGGAUCUCUCGUAAUAACCUGCCAAAAAAACCGAUGACGCCACUGAUUUGGCACUGUACGCGAAACAGGACUAAUUAUGACAUGUGACCCGAAUGAUCAUGGAAAUAGCAAAUAUUUUAGCAAAUAUAAAAUGCGCGCGUCGAGAUCGAACAGAUUUUGAGAGGCUGCAUUGGAAGUGACACGCUAGCUUGAGCCUUGCACUGCCAUAAUAAAGUUCAAACGUUGACAACCGAUUGUCAGAAAGAUUAAAAAUUAUGUUACGUUCUCAUAGAUAUAACUGCAAAUAAGGAAGCGCCAUGAGUGACAACAGAGUGAUUAUUGCAUCUUAUGAUUGAUUAAUAUUUCGUAUUGAAACUCGUUGAAAAGCAGAGUGUAUAUAAGAAGAUAUAUAAAACAUUUGCAAAAAUAAUAAGAUGAUUUUAUUGAAGCAUUAUAAAUCAAAGUUUUCUAUUAACGUGCAUUUUCAAUUGUAAUAGACAUGAAGAACAAAUACAUAGUGAUAUAUGUGUGGCUUUGUUGUAACAAUCUCAUUUCUAAUGCAAACGUCACGUAGGUAAAUGAAAUAAUCAUGACAGUAUGAUUGAAGAAACUACAUAAAAUAAUAAGGGCAGAACAUAGUAAAGCGCAACCAUGGUAUUUCAAUCAUAGUGCUGCGAUAUUCUAUCUAUAUUUUAAAUAUCUUACAUGAAAAGAGCUAUGAAAAAUCGUGCGAACUUGACGAUCCAAGCAAACAAGUCUAAUUCAAAACUGUGGAAGCAGUGUGCUGAUAUGACAUUGAGAGAAGAUUAUCUAUCUCUUUAUCGCAUACUCGUAAGCGAAAUGACGACUAGAAUAUCGAUUAAAACCUGAGAAAUAUGAAAGGAAGAAUAUAUAGUGACAUUUUUUAGGGGUCAUGCCCCCCGGGGCAAACAGUGGGACAGAGGGCUUGGGCCCGUCCUGUUCUGAGAUACAUAACAGCCAAGAUCACGCUAUAGCCAAACUCACACCCCCCCUUACAUUUGCUCAACAAUGCUACAGACACCUCAAGAGUUCUGGUGUUGGCGAGGCGAGCGUGUAUCAUGCAUUAAUUGUUAUAUUUCUGGAAUUCUUUGCAUGGGGAUUAUUAACCAUGCCUAUUAUUUCGGUAUUGAACGAAACAUUUCCGGAUCAUACGUUCCUGAUGAAUGGCUUGAUAAUGGGAAUCAAAGGAAUUCUAUCUUUUCUCUCCGCGCCACUGAUCGGUGCUCUCUCUGACGUAUGGGGUCGAAAAUUCUUUCUACUUAUCACAGUGGCCUUCACGUGUGCACCAAUCCCCCUGAUGAGCAUUAAUACGUGGUGGUUUUUUGCCAUGAUUUCUAUCAGUGGUGUAUUCGCUUGCACAUUCUCAGUGGUGUUUGCGUAUGUUGCGGACGUAACGGAGGAAAAUCAAAGAUCACUAGCAUAUGGCUUGGUAUCGGCAACUUUUGCUGCAAGUAUGGUGAUAAGUCCGGCUUUGGGUGCUUAUACCAUGACGACAUAUGGAGAAAAUCUUGCCGUAGCGUUAGCAACAGCUAUCGCAGUCUUGGAUGUGUUUUUCAUAUUAGUGGCUGUACCUGAAAGUUUGCCUGAAAAAGCACGUCCACCAGCACCUAUAUCAUGGGAGCAAGCUGAUCCGUUUGCUGCUCUUGGAAAGGUUGGAAAAGAUCAUACUAUUUUAAUGCUGUGCGUUACUGUGUUCCUGAGCUAUCUUCCUGAAGCAGGACAAUAUAGUUGUAUAUUCGUUUACUUAAAAUUGGCUAUGGGUUUUUCCGGUUUCAUGGUAGCAAUAUUUAUCGCCGUGGUGGGCAUUCUGAGUGUAGGAGCGCAAAUUAUAUUAGGGCCCCUGAUGAGGACACUCGGCAGCAAACAUACUAUAAUGCUCGGUCUGUUAUUCGAAAUGUUACAGCUCAUGUGGUAUGGAUUUGGCUCACAAACAUGGAUGAUGUGGGCUGCUGGAGUACUCGCUUCUGUAUCGAGCAUCACAUACCCUGCAAUUUCCGCAUUUGUAUCCAUGCAUUCUGAUGCCGAUAAGCAAGGAUUAGUACAAGGUAUGGUAACUGGAAUGCGUGGUCUCUGCAAUGGAUUGGGUCCUGCGAUGUUCGGCCUCAUAUUCUAUCUUUUUCACGUCGAUCUUAACGACGACCCGCCCAACCUCCCUUUGAAACCGUCGUUCGUGGACGAAAACAACAGAACGGGAACUAGUACACAUCUUGAUAUAAUGCCUCAGGUACAUACAUUAUACCUACAGCUUGUACCGGGGCCGCCGUUCGUGUUUGGCGCGUUACUUGUGAUCUGCGCGCUGCUAGUAGCUGCGUUUAUUCCCGAAUCAAAUACGAUGUCAACAGGAUCGUUGCAUCAUCCAUCCACUUCCCGGAGGCCCUCCGGUAAAUACGCAUAUCAGAAAUGUUUAUCAUUGGAUGUUCAAUAUGAAGCAGACCGAAUGGGAAGUGGAAGAGGAAAAAUCGGUCCGCUAUCACCACUAGUCGACAAUUGUAAUUCCGCCGCACUAUAAUGUCUAUUAAAAAAUGUAAGACAAGCCAUAUAGCAUACGAUGAGAAUACUUUAGCCAAGCGCGGUAAAGCUUCACCCUUAAUCAGAAGGGGAAAGGUGGUUACUAUGAAAAAUGCACCUGACUCGAAUCAGGCGACUGUAAUAGAGUUGUCUAUAUUGUAUUAUACUAUUCGUUUAAGGCAGUAACUAAGCUUAAUUUUAGGACUUAUUGAUGGAACUUAAUGUUUAGGUUGUGACAAAUUUGCGCAAGCAGUGCUUGUGCGAUAAUAACGUGGGUUGAUCUCAGAGUCAAAUGCAAUCGCACGACAAACGUGUUAUGUUGUGAAGACAUAAUUGUAAAAGAUGUUAAAUUAGAUCUUCCUUUUCAAGAUUCUUACGCCGAUUAUUAAAUCCGAUGUAAUAAUUUUAUGCGAUAUACCAGUGACUCUUUACGCAGCUCGCCAACGGCACAAAACGAUACAUCAUUGAAAGCUGUAUAUAUAUAUAAUCAGUAUUUUACUAGAUUUAUACCUUUAAAUGAUCGAUCCUUUACUUUGAUGUCGUAUCCUUUUCUCUUGUUUCUAAUUUAUGCUACCACUUUUUAUAUCAAGUGCUAAUGUAAAUUACGCAACGUAUUUUUGCAACUCCGUACAUUCAUAGCACUAGAAAUAGCUUUUACACAUUCCUUGUAAGCAUAAUUUUUGCAUAAAAAACAGCAUUAUUUGAUAUUGAAAAGGAUGCAAUUCUUUGAACCGUAUUUUCCUUUUGUAUAGAUACCGCGAUAUUACUUAUCGUUCUUGUAUAUCACACACAUCACAUAUAAUUUAGCCGAUAUUUAUAGAUCAUGCGACUCUUUUUGCGUUUCUUACUGCACAAACUAUUUAUUUUAAUAGGUAGAAACUAUGAACGUAACAAGAAAGGCCUCAACAUACUAGAAGCAAGUUAUACAAAGUGAUAGUUUGCAUUCAAAGGUAAUGGUAGACACGUCAAUAUUACGAAUAAAAGAAUUAAAUUAUUAAUUAUCAAUUGAAGAUUGAUAGUUCUCCUAAAUUAUGUGUGUUAUAAUCGGAGUUAUUGAUGUUAAAACGUCAAAAAAAGUUUUAUAAUAGAGUAGAUAUCUGUAUAUAUUUUGUCUCUAUUUUAUAAAAAUAUCAAAACUUUUAGGAAAAUAAUGUUUUGAUAUAGCAGUAUAAUUGAUUUAUAUCAUAUAAAAAUUCCGAUUGUGUGUGAAAGAUGCGGUUUGUCUUUUUAAUUUAUAUUGUUAUUAGUAUGUUUAUAUCAAUAGUACGUUCACACAAGGAAUAACAUUUAAAAUUAACUUGUGGGAAACGACAAAUAAUUUUAGUUACUGUACUGGAUUGAUCUUAAAGUCAUUUUGCUCUUAACCUCGAUUAGUCUCGAUGAAAGCCAAAGAGUGAUUAAUGACAAAUGCAAAUUAGUCAAAAAAUAAUAAAUCCAAAAGUUUCUAUAGAUACUCGCGUACUACAAUGUACACAGUGCAUCCCUAUCACAUAUUAAGAAGAAUCCUUCCUUGAUAAUUUUCAUUUCCUAAAUUUUGUUUUUUGUUUUGCACAUGUUUAUGAUUAUCUCCCAAAAAAGUUCGAAAUUACAUCAAUUAUCCAUCAAUUAUUUGAUGGAUAUUUAUUGGAUGAUAUUAAUGCUGAAUUUUCUUAUAAAUAAAAAUAAUAAAUAUGUACUUGAUACAUAUUUAAUUUUAACUUUACUUUUAUAUAUCUGUUUGAAACAAUUUAGUAAAUAUCGAAGAUUCAGUCGACAUGGCUUAUAAUCUUUGCCGAAUAUAUUAAAAUUAUAUGCGUUUUUUAGAGAAUCUAGCUAUGUCACAGUAAAGUAUUACAGGAUGAAGUAGAAAUCGUGGACAAGUGUAAACAGUGCAAUUACAGUUUUAGUUUCUGUUUGUAUUUUCUUAGAGUUUUACUUACGAAACUCGCUCUCGUACACUGAAGUAAAUAUAUGCAAUUGUAUUAUAAAUAUACAAAGCAAAUUGGAAAAUUAUAAUACUAAGGAUGAAACAUAGAUUAUAAGUCUUAACUCUGUUACGAGUUAAGUAAUUGUAUAAUGUAUAAUGUACGAUGAAUGCAUUAAUAAAAAGUGAUUAUUUUUAAGAUAAA